AUGGCAAGCCAGUCCAAGCUCUGGUUGGCGCUGCCCAAACGGAAGCAAGACCGACAGUGUGACUUGGACGUCGGGCUGCCGCCGGAAAUCGGGGUGGCCACGCUGUUUAUGCAAGACGACGAGCUAUUCCUGUAUGGUGGUAAGGAUAACAACUCCCAUCAGCAGCUUGCAGUCGACGUUGAGGCAACGGGCCCGAACGGCCUCAAGUACUUCGACAACACCAGCAGCACACCCGGUGACAGCUUCCAGACUAAGGGCUGGGUUCGUAACUGGGACACCGUUUCGUUUAGUGGCGCCCCCUUCGUUGCCUGCCCUGCAGGUGACGGCCGAGUAGAGCCCAAGGACACGCCGGCCGAGCGCACGCCUCCCACGUUCCACCUCUUUGAAGGGGAGUGGUACAAAGCGAGGUCCCUCCUGGUGAGCAAGGGCCGGCUGUGGUUAACACAGCUCGAUUUCCAUCUAGACCAGCAGUGUACAGGGGAUCUCGUACCGGGGGAUCUCGUACCGGGGGACGGGGCGGCGAUAUUGUUUGUCAAAGAUUCCCAGCUGUUCCUAUAUGGCGGCGAGACCGGGUCCAAUCAACAAUUUGCUGUGGACGUUGAGGCAACGGGGCGGGGCAAUCUAAAGUACUUUAACAACACCGGCGAAGCACCCGGUAAGCCCUGGACCACGAAGGGCUUUGUUCAAGGGCUACAGUGCGGGUCGUUUGCCAACUACAAGUUCUUCGCGUGCCCGGAAACGGACGGCUUCUAUUCGGUGGACGUGUUGCUCCCCACCACCAUAUUGGACAAAUCCUGCUUAACCUUUCCUGCCCAGCCCAUUCCCGAAGGCACGUCGUUGGGCUGCGAGUACAGCACGCAGUAA